CUAACAUUGACUUUGAUAUAUAAUAAUGUUUCAACUUUUAUGUAUACAUAUAUAUUGUAUUGAUCACUAUUUAUAUAGUCAUUCAUUCUCAUAAAUUUCUUUUGAGCCAAAAAACAGAACCAAAAAUGGAGAAAGGAAGCGUUUGUGUAACCGGAGGAACAGGGUUUUUAGCGUCAUGGUUGAUCAAGAGGUUGCUUGAACAAGGAUAUUCUGUCAAUACUACCGUCAGAUCUAGCACAAAGAAUAUGAGCUACCUCACUGACCUACCGGGAGCAUCCAAGAGGCUCAAGAUAUUUGAGGCGGAUCUAAGCAAACCGGAUACCUUUAAGGCACCAAUUCAAGGAUGCAUCGGUGUCUUUCAUGUCGCUCACCCAAUUGAUUUUGUGGGCAAGGAACCCGAAGAAGUGAUAACCGAAAGAGCGAUCAAUGGUGGUUUGGGCAUUUUACAAGCAUGCCUUGACUCAAAGACGGUCAAGAAAGUCGUGUACACGUCUAGUGCAUCUGCAGUUGUGUUUAACGGGAAGAAGUACAAUGAGGUCUUAGAUGAGGAAUCUUGGAGUGAUGUUGAUUUUAUUCGUACUCAUUUUAAAGAUUUUGGGGGUGCCCCUUAUUUCAUUUCCAAGACAUUGACCGAGAAAGCAUUGCUAAAAUUUGCCGAGGACAAAGGAUUGGAUUUUGUGAGUGUUAUUCCUACAUAUAUUCAUGGCCCAUUUGUUGGGCCCAAUUGCCCUGGUUCUGUUCAUGUCUCAAUGGCCAUGAUCUUUGGUGACACUAGUGUGUAUAACAUGCUUAUGAAAACGGAUUUUGUGCAUGUUGAUGAUGUGGCAAGGGCACACAUUCAUCUUCUUGAGUACCAAAAGAAUGCGAAAGGAAGGUACAUUUGUUCAAAGGUUGUGGUCACAAUCCAAGAAUUGUAUAACUUAUUAUCAGUUAGAUAUCCAGAAUAUAAAAUCCCAAAUAUCGACUUUCUAAAGGAUGUCGAAGAAAUGAAGUUUCCCGGGGUGUCGUCAGAAAAACUGUUGAGCACUGGAUUCCGAUUUAAGCAUGGGCUUGAAAAAAUGUUCGAUGAUGCAAUUGCUUGUUGUAAACAAAAAAAUCUACUAUAAAUUAUCAUUUAUUAUUGUUAAAGGUUGUACCAGAUGUAUCUCACUCAAGUGCAUGUCUCUAAUAAUAAACGUUGGGUCAUAAAUAAAUGAAGAUCAUGUUUGUUUUCA